UGUUAGCAAACACACAUACACACACACACACACUGACACACGUAUAUAUAACUGUUUGAACGCAACAUAUGUUUAAUUAUUAACAAGAGACGAGGAGCCGAGACUCUUGACAUUGAAUUUGAAGUAUCAAAGUGAAGUGUUUAGUUCCAUUUAGUUAAACGCGUGUGCUGCUCUAAAAAUAAAUCAAAGCGUCUAUAGUGCAUAAAUGCUCUGUCCGCCCACAAUGCGUCCGGCCAGUCCUGCCGAAUCCGAAAUCUCCGUCGGCGGUGCGCCCAGCCCGCUGCCGGCUCAACAUCAACAUCAACUUCAACAACAUCACCAGCUGCAUGCCUCGCGUGGAUCGAGCAUGGAGCUGCUGCAGCAGCAGCAGCAACUGCUGAUGCAACAACAUGCGGCAGCUGCUGCUGCAGCCGCAGCCGCUCAUUUGACACGCAGCGCCGUCGGCUCGCUGCCGGAGGAUUACUUUCAGCCGCUGAAGCGUCUGCGCAUGUCCAGCUCCUCAUCGGAGCCCAGGGAACAAACGCCCAGUCCACCACCAGCACCAGCACCACCCGCGCCGCAAACCAACACCAAGAGCGCCAUUGAAGGCGUCAAAAGCUUUUCCAUUGCCGACAUUUUGGGACACUCGGAGAAGCAGCGCGCUGCCUCCAGCUCGCCACCAGCAGCGGGCACCACACUGCUGGCGCCACCUGCUGCGCCACGUCCCAGCGUCCAACGCAGUGAGCCACUGCCGCUGGAAGUGCAUCCCGCUGCAGCGGCCAUGCUGCUGCCUGGCGCACAAAUUGUGCGUCCCUGGGAUCAUUUGCUGGGCCCCAUGCCCGUGCGUCCGUUUAUACCCUCGGCGCUGCUGCACUACGAGCAGCGCUUGGCGCUCGACUAUCAUCGCCAGCUGCAGGAGCAUUUCAAUGCGCAGGCUCAGCUGCUGCGCCACAUGGGCAUGGACAUUAUACCCUCGGAGAGCGGCUCGGAUCGUUCCAGCUCCGCUGCGAGCGACUGUUGCUCACCGGAAAUUGCGCGUGAUUCAGCUGCAGCUGCUGCCGCCGCCGCUGCUGCUGCUGCAGUGCGUCAUAGCCACAGUCCACAGCAUGAGCGCGAGCGUGAGCGUCGCAGCUCUGCAGGCUCCGCCAAUGCUGCAAGUCCUGCCUCGGGCGCUGCUGCUGCUGCUGCUGCGGCUGAGGCCAAGGCCAAGGCAAAUGGCACGCCACUGGAUGCGCUUUUCCAAAUGACCACCAAGGACUUUGACGAGUCGCAAGAUAAAUCGCAUUUGGAUAUAUUUUCGAAUCGCCCGCAGCCCAAGAAGAAGCGCAAAUCUCGCACCGCAUUCACCAAUCAUCAGAUCUUUGAGCUGGAGAAACGUUUUCUAUACCAAAAGUAUUUGUCGCCCGCCGAUCGCGAUGAAAUUGCCGCCUCGCUGGGUUUGUCCAAUGCGCAGGUCAUCACCUGGUUCCAGAAUCGUCGCGCCAAGCAGAAACGCGACAUUGAGGAGUUGAAGAAGGACUUUGAUAGCGUCAAGGUGUUCUCCGCGCACAAAUCCUUUCUGGAGAACGUCAAUGAUUUGAGCAUACUGAAGAAGAAGCCCAUGCAUGAGGCGGAUAUGGUUGGACUCGCUGCUGCUGCCGCCGCUGCCGGCAUGGUGGGCGUGCCUGUGCCAGUUUCCGCUGCUCAGGCGCAGGCGCAGGCUCAGGCGGCGGCACAGGCGCUGGGCACGCCACCCAAAUGAGUUUAGAGUCCAGCGCAUGUGUCGCAUAUGCAAAACUGUUGAUGAUCGGUACAGAAAGCGAGCAAAGUAUUGUGGACGACAUUGAUGAUCAAAGCGACUUGCCCAACGAAGCUGCAAGUUGUGUAUUUUGUUUAAUUUUGACGCCAACUGCAGCAGCGCAGCGCGCGCUCUCUCUCUCUCUCUUUCUCAGUCGAGAGAAUUGAGAGAUUUGGCAUUUAAUUUCCAAGACAGAACCCAAGCGAAUAGAAAAAAAUGGACCAAGGCCAGCGUGAGGCCAAGUUAACGCCGUCUAAGCGGCCCAGUUUGGCCAGCAGCCGUAACUACGAAACGAUAAUUCGAUAUCGAAUUCGAACUACAAACAACACGAAGAAGAAGAAGAAGAAGAAGCAGAGGCAGAACGGCUCUUUUCAGAGCCAACAAAUGCGGCAGCCCAAAGAGCAUUGAAAGUUAAUCAGAAUAAAGUUAAAUAUGAAAACAAAACACA